AUGGCGGCCUCCACCACGUCGAGGACCAACUCGCGGGUGAACUACUCGAACGAGAUCCACGACCUCUCCACCGUGCAGAGCGGCUCCGCCGUCCCCACCUUGUUCUACCCGGACAAGUCCAUCGCCGACAUCUUCCCGCCGCACCUUGGGAAGAAGGUGAUCUCGGAGGUGGUGGCGACGUUCCUGCUGGUGUUCGUGACCUGCGGGGCGGCGUCCAUCUACGGCGAGGACAACAAGCGCAUCUCGCAGCUGGGGCAGUCGGUGGUCGGCGGGCUCAUCGUCACCGUCAUGAUCUACGCCACCGGCCACAUCUCCGGCGCGCACAUGAACCCCGCCGUCACGCUCUCCUUCGCAUGCUUCCGGCAUUUCCCCUGGAUUCAGGUGCCGUUCUACUGGGCGGCGCAGUUCACAGGGGCGAUGUGCGCGGCGUUUGUGCUCAAGGCGGUGCUCCACCCCAUCGCCGUCAUCGGCACCACCACGCCGUCGGGCCCGCACUGGCACGCGCUCGUCAUCGAGAUCAUCGUCACCUUCAACAUGAUGUUCGUCACCUGCGCCGUCGCCACGGACUCCAGGGCGGUGGGUGAGUUGGCCGGGUUAGCAGUCGGUUCCGCGGUUUGCAUUACGUCCAUCUUCGCAGGGCCAGUGUCCGGCGGAUCGAUGAACCCGGCGAGGACGCUCGCGCCGGCGGUGGCCAGCAACGUCUUCACGGGACUCUGGAUCUACUUUCUGGGCCCCGUCAUCGGCACGCUCUCUGGAGCCUGGGUCUACACCUACAUCCGCUUCGAGGAGGACCCCGCUGCCAAGGACACACAGAGGCUCUCCUCCUUCAAGCUCCGCCGCCUGCAGAGCCAGUCCGCGCUCGCCGCCGACGAGUUCGACACCGUCUGA